AUGAGCAAAGAGCGAGCAAACGCCCCCGAUGCCUGGGAAGCAGACUGGGAAAGCUUGGCUGAUAAGCAGGAAGUGAAACCCGAUGCCGCUGGUACGCCGGGAAAAAAGGUGUCCUCAAAAGUGACCAAAGCACAACGCAGAGCAGCGCAGGCCGAAUUCAAUAGGAAACUGUGGGAGGAGGCUGAAUCCCCACAAACAUUCCACUAUCUGGAGUCGCGCUCAGCUGUCCCGCUCAAGCAGGAAUUCAAGCCUGCCGUCACUGUCCUCAGUCGCCGUCCACAGAUUGCUUCUCGGAACAACAACCACAAAGGCCAUGGAGUCGAUGCAGCGGGCGAGGGAAUUUCAAAUCUUACGAUUGGCGGUUCCGGUUUAUCAGAUUCGGAAGAUGAGACCAACAAGCCGCCGGAAAUCACGCCUGAAGAGCGGCAAGCCAAGGCUUUGAGGGACAGAGAAGAAAAGCAGCGCAAGUAUGAAGAAGCCCGCGAAAGACUAUUUGGCAAUUCGUCGACACCGGGCUCCGGAACCUCAUCGCCGGGUGGUACUCCUCCGCCAUCGAGACUCCAGAACUCUGGCGGCUUUGAUGGCACUCGUGGUCGGGGGAGAAAUCGAGGCGGUGGUGGUGGCGGCGGCAGAGACAGAGACAGGGAGAAUAAUAACAAACGUGACUCUCCAGCAGCAGCCAACAAGCAAAGGCAACUGUAUGAUCCAGGCUAUUCGACCAAGCCGAAUUCGCCUUUUCUACAACGAAGAGAGCGCACGUCACAGCUUUCUACAGAGAGAUCAGAUAGCGAGCAACAGAGUCUGAAGCCUACAAGGAACCCAAGGGGACCUGAUGGCAGUGGCCGUGGUGGUUUUGGAUUUGGCCCUCGCGGCAGAGGUGCUUAG